AAUCGUGCGGCCCCCGCCCCUUCCGGGAAACCAGUUGUCAGGAAACUAGCGGCGGCCCCGGCCCCCUGCGCUGACUUACCUCAGAGUCGUUUCUUCGGCCAAGUACCCCGGCCCAGAUGCAGCUUCAGAAGCCAGAGUCAUUUCUUAAACACCACAGACGUGUGGCAUUCCUGUACUGGCCUGAGUCUUAUGCUGAGCCUGUAGCUCUCUCUGGAAAUAACAAAGCCUCACCAUCAUGGAUCCUCUACGGGAAGCAAAUGGAACCUUUGCCUUAAACCUUUUGAAAAUACUGGGUGAAGACAGCUCAAAAAAUGUAUUUUUGUCACCCAUGAGCAUCUCCUCAGCCCUGGCCAUGGUCUUCAUGGGGGCAAAAGGAACGACUGCAAGCCAGAUAGUUCAGACACUGUCUUUGGAUAAAUGCAGCGGCAAUGGAGGUGGAGACGUCCACCAGGGCUUCCAGUCCCUUCUCACCGAAGUGAACAAGACUGGCACACAGUACUUGCUCAGAACAGCCAACAGGCUCUUCGGGGAAAAGACUUGUGAUCUUUUAGCAUCUUUCAAGGAUUCCUGCCGCAAGUUCUACGAAGCAGAGAUGGAAGAGCUGGACUUUCAGGGUGCUACAGAGCAGUCCCGACAGCACAUCAACACCUGGGUAGCCAAAAAGACAGAAGAUAAAAUCAAAGAGCUCCUGUCUCCAGGUACAGUGAAUUCUGACACAUUGCUAAUCCUUGUGAAUGCCAUCUACUUCAAAGGAAACUGGGAGGAACAGUUUAACAAAGAGGACACCAGGGAGAUGCCAUUCAAAGUCAGCAAGGAUGAGAAGAAACCUGUGCAAAUGAUGUUUAAGAAGUCUACCUUUAAGAUGACCUAUAUUGGAGAGAUAUUCACCAAGAUUCUGUUGCUUCCCUAUGUUGGCAAUGAGCUGAACAUGAUCAUCAUGCUUCCAGAUGAACACGUUGAGCUGAAAACAGUGGAAAAGGAAAUAACUUAUGAGAAAUUUAUAGAGUGGACAAAUCUGGACAAGAUGGACGAAGAAGAGGUAGAAGUAUUUCUCCCAAAGUUUAAACUGGAGGAGAACUAUGACAUGAAGGAUGUCCUCAGCAAGUUGGGCAUGACCGAUGCCUUUGACGGGGGCAGGGCAGACUUUUCUGGAAUAUCCUCCAAGCAAGGCCUGUUUCUGUCUAAGGUGGUACAUAAGGCCUUUGUGGAGGUGAAUGAGGAGGGCACAGAGGCUGCAGCUGCCACAGCUGGCAUUAUGAUGAUGAGGUGCAUGAGGUUCACCCCCCGCUUCUGUGCCGACCGCCCCUUCCUUUUCUUCAUUCAGCAUGUUAAGACCAAUGGGAUUCUGUUCUGUGGCCGGUUCUCCUCUCCCUGAGGAAAGGGUGUUCCUGUCAGUCUUUUACCCACUCUCCACUGUUUGCCUGUGACCUAAGUGACCUUAUCCAUAAGUGCAAUGAGAGUUAUGAAAUAAAGGGCUUUAUUUCACCCCACCUUCA